AGUACGUCCCUCCAAAACUCCCUGCGACGAUGGCGUCCAGCAGCAAGCUCUCUCGCGGUCAAAUCGCAUCCGCACAGGUUGACGGAGACUAUGCAAUCAAGCCAGAAAGCUCUCAGCCCAAGCUCGACACGUCUAACUGGCCUCUCCUCCUGAAAAACUACGACAAGCUUCUUGUCCGCUCUGCGCACUUCGUCCCCAUUAUUGCGGGUUGUAGCCCCUUGAAGCGGGACAUCACUUCCUACGUGAAGUCUGGAGUUAUCAACCUUGACAAGCCGUCAAAUCCUUCGUCCCACGAAGUUGUUGCAUGGCUGCGGAGGAUCUUGCGGGUGGAGAAGACUGGUCACAGCGGUACUCUUGACCCCAAGGUCACUGGCUGUCUGAUUGUUUGCAUUGACCGCGCGACCCGCCUUGUCAAAUCUCAGCAGGGCGCAGGAAAGGAGUACGUUGCCGUCCUCCGCAUCCAUUCUGCUCUCCCCAAUCCUACCGCUCUCCCUCGCGCAAUCCAAACCCUCACCGGCGCACUUUUCCAACGUCCCCCUCUUAUCUCUGCAGUCAAGCGUCAGCUCCGUAUUCGUACUAUCUACGAGUCAAAGCUUCUAGAGUUUGACGAAAAGCGCAACCUCGCCGUCUUCUGGGUAUCAUGCGAAGCUGGCACGUACAUCCGUACGCUCUGCGUACAUCUCGGUCUCUUGCUUGGUGUCGGUGGUCACAUGCAGGAACUUCGGAGAGUACGUAGUGGUGCGCUGAGCGAGAACGACGACAUGGUCACCAUGCACGAUGUCUUGGACGCCCAGUGGGUGUACGACAACACUCGCGAUGAGUCGUACCUCCGCCGCGUGAUCCGCCCGCUGGAGUCCCUCCUCACAGGGUACAAGCGGAUAGUCGUGAAAGACAGCGCCGUCAACGCCGUCUGCUACGGCGCGAAGCUCAUGAUCCCCGGUCUCCUCCGCUACGAGGCGGACAUCUCGCUCAACGAGGAGGUCGUGCUCAUGACCACAAAAGGCGAGGCGAUCGCGCUCGCCAUCGCGCAGAUGUCCACCGUCGAGCUCGCGACGUGCGACCACGGCGUCGUCGCCAAGGUCAAGCGCUGUAUCAUGGAGCGCGACACCUACCCCCGGCGCUGGGGCCUCGGGCCCAAGGCCGUCGAGAAAAAGAAGAUGAUCAAGGAGGGCAAGCUCAGCAAGUACGGCGAGGUGAACGAGAAGACGCCUGCGGAGUGGACCAAGGACUACGUGGACUACAACCGGGAGCCUAUCGCGAGCACGUCAGCAGCUCACGCUCAGACUGCACCUGUCGCGCCUGAGCCUGAACCUGCUGCGGUGGAGGCCAGCCCGUCCAAGGACAAAGAUAAGGAGAAGAAGCGCAAGCGGAAGUCCGAGGUCCCCGACCCGGACGGCGACGUGUCGAUGGCUGUCGAACAGGAGGACGAGGCUGCGCGGGCAGAACGCAAGCGCCUCAAAAAGGAGAAGAAGGCUGCCGAGAAGGCCGCGAAGGACGGCGAGGAGGAGGACGAGGAGGCGCGGCGAGAACGGAAGCGACUGAAGAAGGAGAAAAAGGCCAGAGAAAGCCUGGGUGGGGAGUCAUAGUCUCUAUCUGGGGCUUCUUCCCGGUGUUCUGUCUGCGCUCUGUAACGUCCGCGUUGGUUCCGCGGGGCGUCGUUGUGCAAUAUACGGAGGUGCUGUUGAUCUUGCUGUCAUGGGCGUGUUCUGUGUUCUCGAUUACUUGUAUUCCACCCUCAGUUGCUUUCAUUUGAGUUGUCC